GAGAAAAUCUAAUCAAAUUAUAUUGGUCACUUACACAUGUUUAGCAUAUGUUAUUGUUGGUGUAGCGAAAUGCUCUCAGACGCCAUGAGCAGAGAGCAUGCAGAGCGAGCUGCGCGUAGGGAACGCAUAGGGAGUGCAUCUAGUUCCAACAGUGCAGUAAUGUCUAAGUAAUCUAACAAUUUCACAACAACUACCUAAUACACACACAUCUAAGUUAAAGGAUGGAAUAAGAAUAUAUACAUAUAAAUAUAUGGAUGAGCAUAUCCAGAAGGUAAAGAGGGGCAGUUCCCUUGUUGCUCUGUAGGCAAGCACCAGGGUCUCGAAGAAAAUGCGAGCUUUCGACUGGAAGCCAUUGGAGUGUGCGGAUGAGCGGGGUUACGUGGGAGAAUUUAGGAUGGUUGAGCACCAGGCGGCCUGCGGCAUUCUGGAUAAAUUGCAAGGGUAUGAUGGCACAAGCGGGCUUCCAGCCAUUCAUUGUCAUGAUUUUUUUAUAUAUAUAAACAUGUUCAGCAUCUCCGGACUUCCACGCAUACAUGCUGCUGACGCGUGCCUUUGGAACAUAGGUAAAUCCAUUUAAUAUAGCUUACACCAUCCCAAUUAAAAUAUUUAGUUGUGAUAGUGUGAUCGUUGCGUUAUUCGUAUCAGGAUAAAUAAAAAGCAAGGUCUGCUAACUUUCUUUAAUUAUGUUUAAUUACCGCAAGCAAUGAAUGGCAAAUGCAAUUUUCGUAUAUACAGGUUCGCUGUAUCACCGCGCAGGGUUGAACAGGGAACUGGCAGGAAGUACGUAAACAGCUGUUCUUAUACCGUGAUGACGUAGUUUCAACGCGUCUGUUGGCCUAUCACAGUAGAGGCUGAGCGCGGUUUAGACUUUACUCAGCCUGUCCCCUUCUCUCAGAUGUCCGCAUCUGGUCAUUGCGUAGAUUAGAUCUGUUUUGUGUCUGUCGAUUCUACACUGAAACAGUUCCUAAUAUGGUAUUGUCCAGUGCCCUACCCUCCCUGGUUGGCUUAGAGAUAUGCACCCCUCCCCUCUCCAGAUUGACCACAGCUUUUAUGGCCUGUCACUCAAUGUUGGUCAGUCUUUACACACCUACACACACACACAUCUGUAUUGUUUGUGAUGAAUAUAUAACAAAACAAUGAAUAUUGUUUUGUUACACACACACACAAACAAUACAGAUGUGUGUGUAACAAAACAAUAUUCAUCUUCAAACAAUAUGCUAGCAGGCUAUAGUGCAUAAACAUAAAUCCUAACAAUAGGCCUAUAAGCCUGGGAAUGUCUUAGAAAUCAAAACAUAAGUACUGCAUCAUGCGACUCAAUAUUGAUGAUAUAGAGAGAAAAAAUAUCUAAAGAGUCAUGCGCUCUGAUACUUUCCUUGCUCUUGAGGCAGAGAGAAACAGAAUUGCAUUGCUACUCUUGUGGCAAGCAAGUUAGGGGAGAUCCAAUCAAUGGAAGAUGGAAUUCAAAUGAAAGAAUUAAAAGUUAAAUGAGAAAGAAAGGCUCCAAUGACCAAACGCCAACAGGCCACAGUGUCACAGGCCGUCUGGUUUGACACUGUGAGGCAUCUGAGGUCGACACCGAUGGCCUCCAGGUCACCAUGGAGACGGCUGAUGACAUCACUUGGCAAUGAUCGUGUCCGGGAAACAAUCCAGGCAAAGUCGACGGAACAGACCAAAUAAAUCAAUUCACAUUCCAAUACUUUAUUGAGAAUCAAUGGAUUCAACUACAGCAGUCAAUUCCAAAAUCAUAUUCCGUUAGAAAUUGAUAAGGAAGUCUGUACAGGAGUAGACCAGAGAGAAACUACUGUAGUCUGUAGAGAGAACCAAGUAUGGAUCACCUGGUUAACCUAGACACACACAGAGAGACAGGUGAGGUAGGGGCUAGUGUUGGGGGCUUCAGGGUUGGUUUGGGGCUAGGAGCUAGGUGUGGUUGGGACCGAGACCGGGACCACAUCUCACCUUUGAAGAAGAUCUGAUUAUGAGUGUUCAUGUUUAUGGUUUGAUUGACUUCAUACAGUCUGUGAUGUGUGAGUGUAUGUGUUCUAUCGCAGAGUAGUGAGUAUGUGGCCUGCUGGCACUUCUCUCUCUCAAAUACAGCAGGCAGCUUCUCUGCCUCAUACCACCUGCCCAGGUAUUAACACACACCAUCUAGAAGUUAUUUCAAGUUACUAUGACUUUUUUACUUUGUGUGUGUGUGUGAUAAAUUACCACUGACUGUGUGUGUGUGUGUUAAAUUCCAUCUCAAUUACCACUGUGUGCGUGCGUGCGUCUGCAGUUACCUUGGUGACGUUGAAGUCCUGUUGAACUUGGGGCGUGGGGCAUCUUCCCAGGUGAACGGUCUGAGCAUGUGCAACCGAUGCGGUAACCAGGACAACACACAGUACUUAGCCACAUAAACACAUGAUCAGACACAAAACACACAGCAAUCUCACACAUAAUGUCAGUGGUAAUUGAGACUACUGUGUAAUUAAUACAUUAUAUACACUCUCACAUACACAGACAUAAAGACACACAGUACCUGCAAAGGAUGCAUAUUUUCUCAGUCAGCAGCCACUCAGCUCUCUUGGAGAAACGAGAUGUUAACAUGAUCACACAGCGCUCUGCCAAAUGUCCAUGAUCAACAUAUCUCCAAUAUCUCAUCUGACACAUCAGCCUGGUGUAGCAGACAAUUGUAUUAUAUUAAUUUAUGUGACAAUAAAACAUUUUAUGCACAUAUAUUACAUACACAUUCAUAUAUAUAUAUAUGGAUAUUUCAAAAUAUAAAGAUUUGGCAAAUGUUUCUAUAUAUUGUUUAAGAUAAUUUACUGUACAGGUAUAUCACAUUCCCAGAGUGGGAUCUCUGGUAGUUUUAAAGUUAUGGCCCAUUUUAUACUCCGAGAAAUCCCACAAUUGGCCCAGCGUCGUCCGGGUUUGGCCGGGGUAGGCCGUCAUUGAAAAUAAGAAUUUGUUCUUAACUGGCUUGCCUAGUUAAAUAAAGGUUAAAUAAAAGAAUUAUGAAAAAUAGCUCUCCUUUUACUUCAUAACAUAUCCUUCAAAUCACCAGCAGAGGGCGACCAUUUUUAACCCAUUUCCACAUUCCUUCUGUUGGUAACGCUUGCAAAUUGGUCAUAACUCUAAAAGUAGCAGAGAUCCCAUCUGUAGGUGGUACAAAGCAAAAAUUGGUGUCACAUGAAGCUUUACCAUUUGCUCUGUAAUAUGAACAGUAUAUUGAUUUCAAUACAAAUUUUCUUGCAUUUAUUUAUUAAUAUAACAAAAUAGAAACAUGAAUGUUGGCUAAUGUUUCAAUAUAUUGUUGAUCAUAAAAUAGCCUACUCUAUAGAUCUAGAGUGGGAUCUCUGCUACUUUUAGAGUUAUGACCAAUUUUUGCUUUGUACCACCUACAGAUGAAACAUUAUGGAGAUUUAAAGGAGUAAGGCCAAAAUGUCACAAAUAUUCAAACUUCAAUUAAUUAUUUCUCAAUAAUGCUUUAAAAUACACAUGUCAAAUAUAUGUCAACAAUCCUUCCUCCAAAAGACCCAUCUAUGGACUACAUUUCGUGAAAAUCCCCAAAAUAAUGUUUUUCUUAUGUUCUAGUUUUGUGAGGAAUCGCCCUUAUGCAUUACAUUUAAAUCUGGUUCAAGGCAAUGGCCACAUAAAGGCCUACAUGGUUUAAAACCUGUUUCUCUUCUGAACGAAUAAGCGGAAAAUGCUGCUCUCCUAUUCAUACUCCCUCCUAGUUCAGGACCUGCGAGCUGUUCAGUAAGAGGUGUGUGUGUGUGUGUAUAUAUGUGUGAAUUGAGUUAUUGCACAUGUGCACUUCACAGAUAAGGCGUUCCUAACGAACUGUAUGUUGUGUUCAUUGAUUAAUCAGCUCUUUGGACACGACAGGCUCUAUUCUAUCUUGGGUUAGUUAUACAAAUCUUUGACUGAAGUCUGUAUGGACAUGACACACAGGAAGCCUAUGCGUUUUUAAUAUGUUAACACAACAACAAUCCGACAUGGGUUACACCAUAUCAUGUGAACAUUUUGGCAGUGUUGAGAACAAUACUGCACGCUGAGCGUAGAAUCUAGUCUGAAAACUUUAGAAAUAUUUAAUAACUUCUAAGUCGUAAAAGAGUGUAAAGUGCUUGGCCAAAAUGUAUUACUACUGGACUGGUGACUGCUGAGGUGGGUGAUCAGUCUAGUGAGUCGACAAUAAUGAAACUGAGCACUGAUUGGCUAGAUGUUGAGUUGCUUGUGCCCAGGGCAGUGGCCCACGGUCGUUUGGUGAAAGAGACAGAUGAGUAGAGUUGAGUAGGUACAUGGAAUUGGAAUAAUUAGCUAGUUAAAAUAAUUGUAUUUAAUCAACAAAGACUUGAAUCGGCCAAUAAUAUAUUACAUCACUGUUGGCUAAUUGAUGGAAACAUAUUCAUUAGAUAGCUUGGUUAGGUAGCUAACAGUUUUAGAUAGCUCAGGAUCGCAAACUGGUUAAUGUUUACUAAAGUUAGCUUAGCUAACUAAGAGAGAAAAAUAACAACAUUGAUAUAAAAGUAGCUGAAAACUGAAAUUGAACACAUUUUCCUAGCUAAAACAUCAGUUGUUCGCUUUCAGGCUGUAGAAAAGGACAGCUAGCUAGCUACUUAGCUUAGCCUUUGGAGGCUUGUCCUUUGUUAGCUACUGUGACAUCAAGGCGAUGUUUAUACUAUGACUUCAUAAACGCCCGCUGUACUUAUUUGGCAUUAUUUUUUAAGCUCAGAAAUGAUGUAGCAUUCCAAGUAUAUAGCUAUUAACUUUCCUUUAUCUCCAGACUUGAUGUUAUUGCAAAUUAUACCACUUUACUUUAUCAGUAGAGCUGACUAAACAACACUGUCUGAAUCCUAGAAAUAGUGUGAAGUGUUCUGAUUCUCUUUCAAGGGGGACAGAGAUUUCCAGUGGCUUUGAGGGAGAAUGCUGCGCAGGACCGUCUCCUUUCCUAUUGAGGCGAGACAGCUGCAGCAGCUGGGUCUACUGGGCUGUCGCUCCCACAGUGUGACAUCAUGCUCGGUGCUCGACCUCCCGGCUCUCCUCAACGCUCACCAUGGGCAACGGCAAUGGGAGGAUGAACGGUGGGGCUGGUACCAGGGGCAUGCCGAGGAAGGCCAAUGGGAGGAUGAGAGAGAACUAGAGAUCACGCCCUCUUCUACUGGUGGCACCAGGGGACCCAGGUGGAGUGAUAUGUAUACCAGCUCAGACCAGCUAAGGUCAGUGGAAGAUGAUGGCAAUGAUUAUGAAGAGAAGAAGCAAAAUGAUGAGUUUGUCAGGCUGUACGUGUCAGAGGAGGAGAGGAUCCUCAACUCUGCAGACCUGAGUGCAGAGGAGAGGAGUGACGUUCUAGCAGAGUUGGUGUAUUCCCGAAGCAGACUAAAGCAAUUGAACUCAGAGCUGCAGAGAACAGUGGAGUUAGCCGAUGACAACAACACACUGCUACGCACUGAGAACGCUUCACUGCGCAACCAAGUUAAAGGGAUGAAGCGGUCGAUCCAUGAUGCAGAGCAGCUAAUGGAUGAGCUGGAGGAGAUCCGGAGCUUAUCAGCUGAGAAGGACGGCACUACUGGCAACCUGGAGUCCUACAUCAAACAACUGGAGAAAGAGAAGGAGAGUUUGGAAGACCAGAUCGAGACCUUUGGCAGUGAGAUGUCCCGUAUUAUACCAGAUAGAGCCACUGACAAGAAGAAGAUCGCUGACCUCAGCAAUGCUCUACAGGCCUUACAGCUACGGCUAGAGGAGAGCAGACUCACCCUGGAUCAGAGGUAUGAGGUCAUACAUAAGAAGGACUUUGUUAUUAAGCAGCUGGAGCAGUCCCUCACAGAGUACUCCUCCAUCGCACAGGAUCUGAAGGAGAAGAUGAAGGAUUUGGAGAGCCAAGUGGCAGAGGCCCUAGUUAAUGGAGGAGAGGGGCGUUACAUGGCGUUAGAUGGGACUUUGUCAGCAGCCACUCAGCGCUCCAUCUCUCUAGCGGAGGAAAUGGGUCUACUGCCACGUAUGAUGGAUGAGUCCUCUGAUGAGGAGGUGCAGGAGCAAAGAGAUGAGAGGGUAGAGAAAGAGGAGAAGCAGAGAGUGGAGGAGAGGAAAGAAAGAGAGGAGAAUGAGAAGAAAGAGGAGGAGGUCAAGGAGGAGAAACAGCUGUUACAGGAGAAGAGAGGUGUGUGGUCAGAUCUGGUAGGAGGUGUCCAGGCAGCAGGAGGUUUCACCCUGGGUUUCCUGGCUCCUCUGGGUGUGCUGGUCUCCAUGGUCCCUGGCUGCUACGACCACUGUACUGGACUCAGCUGCACCGAUAUCCUCUGGUCUACUGUCAGAUACCUCAUACAGCCAUACUGCAAUGUGCACCACAUAGGCCUUCCUCCUCUGUAACACAUACAUACAUAUACAUAUAUAUUUACAUAUAUAUAUAUACGCAUGCAUACCUACCUACAUACUACCUACACGCACACAUUCACAAAAACACACACACACUAAUCCUGAUCUUCAACCCUCCCAGGCUGCAAUGCUGUUGUUAACUAAAUAAAACUGAAUACUGCAUCAUACAUUGACAACUGGUUGUAUUUUAAUAAAGGGAAACAGUAGAGUUGAUUUUACAAUGUUUAUUUUUUAGCUUUAUGAAGAUUAGCUAAAUUACAUUUUAAAGAUUGGACUCAAUGUUGUUCAUGUUUUUGUAUUUUUUUGUUAUUUCUCUACAUUGUUUUAUUUAUUUUUUAUUUAACCUGUAUUUAUAUUUAACUAGGCAAGUCACGUUUAAGAACAACUUCUUACUUAAAAUGAUUGCCUAGCAAAAGGCUUCUGCGUGGAUGGGGGCUGGGAUUAAAAAUAUAGGACAAACACACAUCACGACAAAAGAGACAACACUACAUAAAGAGAGACAUAAGACGACAACAUAGCAUGGCAGCGACACAACAUGGUAGCAGCACAAAACGGUACAAACAUUGUUGGGCACAAACAGCACAAAGUGCAAGAAAGUAGAGAUUGUUUUGUACAGUACUAAAUAAAUGCACUGUCACGUUCCUGUUUGGAUUGUAAAUAUGAUUCAUAUUCAAUAAAGAGACAUUAAGCA